AUGGCCGGGUUGCAGAGGUCCGCCGUGUCAUUCCGGCGACAGGGCUCCUCCGGCCGCGUCUGGGACGACAGAUUCUUCAGCGGCGAAUUGAAACCAACCACUUGCCAUGAACUUCUCCAAGACGACGCCGUUUUGAGGCCAUCUCGUAGCGUCGGAUCCGUCUCCAGCUCAUUCCACCGAUCCCGAUCCUCCUCCGCCGCCCAUCGCAUGGCCGUUAUCUCGCCGUCCCCGCCGCCCAGCUCCGCGGAUCCGGCCUCUCCCAAGUUCGCCGGCUGCGGAUUCUGCCGCGUCUUUGGCCGCCCCAUCGCCCGGGAUCGUCAUCAGAAAUCCAUCAAUCGUCGAUCGGAGUAA